AUGUCACAGGCAGAUGAUGAUGAUGAUGAUGAGCCUGAAUCACAAGAAGAAAAAAAGGAUGAACUGAGAAGUUAUUCAAAAAGAAAGAUAGUCUCCAACUGGAACCGUUACGAAGGUGAAGGUACUGAGAAAGAGACACAAAAUGAAAGUGGAGAAUCUCAGAGGGGAACGGACUUCAGCGUUCUGCUUAGCUCAGCAGGAGAUUCUUUUACACAGUUCCGAUUUGCCGAAGAAAAAGAAUGGGACACAGGAAGCGUAGGCCCUAAACAGCUAUCUGCGCUUUACGUGGAUUGCCAGUCGUUGGUCCAGGCCCUUCAGGAGCUUCCUCUGCAUCUCAGGUUGAAUGUGGCUGCUGAAAUGGUGCAGGCAUCAACACCCACAGAACUCCCUCAGAUAAAAUCUAAAAGUAUUGAAGACAGCAAGAGGAGAGUGACUCAGUUACAACCACCUUUGGGUCAAAGUGGAAUAGCAUCAAUCUGUGAUCCUGUUAGUGAUUCUGUUGUCCAUUUGAUGCCUUUAAGUAAAGAUGGACCUGAAACAAAUUCUUCAGAAUCCUUUCAGAGAGGCUGUUCUGUGUCACAGCAAGAGGCAGAUAAUUUGGAUGAAGAACUAGAUUUACUGCUAAAUUUAGAUGCUCCUGUUCAUGUAGAAAACAACUUUCUGUCAGAAACCUACAACACGACAGCUGAGAGUGAUUUGAAAAUGAAAAAUGUUCCUCUAGAGCUGGACGUGGCUGAAGAAACGAGUUCAGCAGCUGAAGAGCAGAAAACUACAGCCAAAAACAUUUCUGAGGAAGAGCUUGAAGAUUGGUUAGACAGUAUGAUUUCCUAAAGGAAAAGAAACCUGCCUGAAGCCCACAUGUCAUUGUCAUGCAAGUAAUUGAAAAAUAAAUGAACAUGGCAGAAGUUAACUACAAAAUAUCAGUCUACAAGAACUAGGUGCUUUAUCUCAAUGAUUUAAUAUACUGCAUACCGCCUACCUUUAUUUCAGCCAAUAUUUCAGAUAACACAUUUGGAUAAAUUCUAAAUGAAUGUUGUUAUCCAAGAGUUCUCUAAACUAAAAGGUCUAAAGUUACAGUUGAGUUCAUUAAGAAGAAUCUUAUAACGAAGUUUGGAUUUUUUCAAAAACCUGUGCUUAUAUUGUAAGGUGCAAAAUAAUAUACACUGUCAGAGCAUUUGUUUUGAUUUGUAGUUGCUAUCUGUAGUUCCAAAAAAUAAAAUAGUGUUAGUAAAUGUA